UAGGAAAUGAUCCAGCAACAUAAUGCAGUAGCGUCCUAUCCACAAUCAACACAAGAAGAUGGGUAUAAUAGUUGCCAUCUAUUCUUAUCAGGAGUUGAUAGUUCACCACUCAGUUUGGUUCAACCGAUUGAUAAUGAACUUCCUGUUAGAUUGCAUGAAAGGUUCCUAAACUUGUCUGAUUGACCAGAAAAUUGCCACUGCUAUUACUAAAGAUGGAGUCUUUGGGUGAGGAACAAAUAGCAGUGCUACUUUACCGGCGAAGUGUGGCGAUUUUGCGUGGAAGAGUAGAGGUUAUGGAGAAGUCCAACAAGGGAAAAUAUGCGGUGGAGAUGGGAAGUGGAGAAUUGCACCAAUUAAUAGCCCUUAUUGUGUAGCUCUGUGGAAAGAGAUUAUGUAGGGGCAUCCAGAUUCCAUAAGAAUGAUGUUCUUGGGUGAUCAUCAACGACAUGACGAGAGUAUCUUAGUUUGCAUUUUGGCAGCUGUAGCCAAUCUACAAGACAAAGAGGCCAUUGUAGGGGAGCUAUCGAGGUGGUACAUAGAAGGUUUUUGGCAGCUUCGGUUUUAGUAGGGAUAUUCAAGAUUGGAACAUGGAGCUUCACAAAUUCAGAUGACCACAAUAUUUUUUUACAUAUUUAUGGGGCGCACUAGAAAUAUAUAGGUGGUUCAAUUUCAUCUCCAUCUGUCAGUGGGUUGUAGCUCAGAGAACCUGCCAAGUACACUUGAAGAUAUAUCUGAAGCAGAAAGGAUCAAGUUCAGUCAUGCUCUGCCAGUUCAGUGCGUUCAAAUCCCAACUGUUCCUGAAGGGAAGGCUAAUAAAUUGAAAGUAAACAACUUUGCUGCAUUAGGCAAAGGAUCUAAUAAUACGAACAAAGGAGAAGGGCAUGAGAGAAAUGCCAGCUUACGUGAAGUCAAUCACAUGGAUGAUGCAAUUGAGUUGUCGAUUGCUGCAUCUGAAGCACUGGUUAUUCAUGAGGUGUUCAAGGAUGAAUCAUUUUCAAAAAUAUUUCCCGCUUCAACUGUGUUGGAAGCUGCACUACAGGUGAAACAAGCACGGCUGGAAGCUUGGAAAGAGAGUCAUGAAAGCUGCAAUAGUGCCACUGAGGAGAUACCUGAAAUUGAUUCUCUAUCAGAAUCGGAAGAUUUGAGAAUGGAAGAUGCAUUCCAAGAUGUGGGGUUAUCUGCUAGUGAUUCUGCUGAUUUGCAUUUCCAUGACUUAAGUCUGUCUCACGUUAAAGAUACUCUUGCUUCACAAACUCAAAGAUGUAGUGGAAACUUGGAAAAGGAAGGAGCUGUUCUUCAUGAAAUAGACAUUCUUCAGCCAGGAGAUGGUUUUACCAAGCUAAACUUAACAGAUAUUGAGAAUGAAUCCCAGUUGAAAGUGGACAAAAGGUUUGGGUCUUUUAGUGAUGAUGGCCAGAGAAAGCCAACAAGGGAUCUAAAUUUGGUUGUGGAUAUCAUCCCUAUGGCACGUGAGAGUGAUCACAUGUCAGACUGUCUGAAGAAAGUCAAUUUUCCUGUCAUGGAAGGAAAUUUAUCUCAAGCAUCUAUUGGUUCUCCCUCUGUUAAGAACAUUAAUGUUGCAGGAGAAGGUGAUGAAUUACCAAAAGUAGUUCCCAAAAGAUUCGAAAGUCGUUGGUUUGGUGGUUGGACUUCUUUGAAGAAGGAAGUAAACUCCUCCGAUCAAGUCAAAUGCAAUGCUAUCAGAAGUAUUCCUGAAGCUUUUGUUGGCGAGACAAGUUAUUUCUCAGAAUCAGCUGACAUAGCUCCAGAUGAGAGUUCCUUUGUAGCACGAAAACAGGAUGAAAGGGUCAUCAUUGCUUCUCAAUUGAGUUUACCGUCUGAAGGUUUAUGUAACAAAGCAAAGGAGAUGACACUGGUCUCUCAGGAUAUUGCAACAUCUUCAAAUAUAUCCUUAGAUGAUAUCCUCUGUUCUGUUGUUCCGUGCAGUAUAUCAUCUGAUCAUCUGUCUUCUCCUUCAGUUGUAUACAAUCAUGCAAAGGAUGAAAAACAACAGUGCUUUGAUCCCACAACUGAAUGUGCUACCAACUUGCAGAAAAACUCGUUCCUUGAUAAUCAGGUGGUUGAUGGGGAACAAGUUACCACUCCGAAGAUAAAUGGUGAAGGGAUACAUCUCCCAGUUCGCCGAGAAGUAGCCUCUCUAAGAACUUAUUGCGUACUCCCUAGCAACGGGACAUCUUCAGAGAAAGGAUAUUGCUUCGAUACUUCAUUUUCAUUGGGAAGAAAUGAUGUACCGAUGCUAAAGCCAGUAGGUCAAAUGACAUAUGAAAGAAGAAAUUGCAAUGAUACUCCAAAAGACGGGAAUGAAUUCACAGUGGCUAUGCCCAAGAACACAAGCUCACCCCUUAUAUUGAACCCUGGACCACGACGUCGGUUCCAAGCUUCAAAAGCAUUUCAACCUGAUUUUGGGACAGAAAAAGAUGGAAAGCAAACAACAGAAGAUCAGGCUGUUAUAGAGUGUCCAAAAAGAAAGCGUGUUCGCUUUUCCGAAACUGAAACUGAGUUCCAAGCUUCAAAAUCAUUUCAACCCGAUUCUGGGACAGAAAAAGAUAGAAAGCAAAUGAUAGACGAUCAAGCAGCUAUAGAGUGUCGAAAAAGAAAGCGUGUUCGCUUUUCAGAAACCGAAACUGAGUCUCAGCCAAGUAAGGAGCCAAGAAAGUCACACGUUGCACUUCAAUCUUGUCAUACACCCAAAGCUGCUAGAAAUUUGAGACCUCCAACUUCACAUGUGGAGUCCAGAACUCAAGAACUCAAGAACCGUCUAAUGAAUUCUGGUGCUAGAGGCGAAAGAAGAUUGAUGCUCAAAAAUAUGGAAUUCUUAGUCACAGGAUUUUCUAGGAAACGAGAGAAGAAACUUGAAGACCUAAUCAAGAAAUAUGGUGGCACAGUUCUCUCUGAUAUCCCCCCUCCGACUAAUAGGGGGAAGAGAUGCAAGGGAUUUACUCAGGCAGUUCCUGUUGUUCUUUGUUCAAAGAAGCUGCAAACAAUCAAAUUCUUGUAUGGACGAGCAGUUAAUGCCUUCAUGCUUAAAGCUAAAUGGCUUACUGAUUCAAUUAGUGAAGGUUGCAUUUUACCGCCUGAACAGUACAUGGUUGUUAAAAAAUAUGUUGGCAAACGGUUUAUUGCUGCCGGAAGAUCAGUCCAAAACAAUAGGCAUAGCCCUAUCUUUGACAAUCUAGGCAUCAUGCUCCACGGUGAAAGGAAAUUCUGCACUGACAUGGCCAAAAUUAUCAAGUCAAAUCCAUGUGAUACUGUUCCUAGAGUGGCUACUUUGUUGUCUUUCAAGCUUUCACGUUAUGAUACCCCUUUUUCUUCUUUCCGGGCCACCCAGCAUGGUGGUGGGCAAGUUUUCAAAACGCUUCUCGAGUUGGUUCAAAAUCGUGACAGUGAGAAGAUUGUAACGGGAGUCAUUAUUACUGAAAAUGAGCGUAGCGCAUCACGUCACCUGAAGCACUGUGCCUCGGAGGGGAACAUAUCUAUUGCGUCAGCUUACUGGAUCAUAAGGAGUUUACAACUGGGAAAGCUCCUUCCCUUGAAAGAGAAGAAAAAAUCCUGCAAGUUACCAACUCUCAAGCUUCCAGAAUUUCCUGAUACCCUGGGUCUGAGUCAAGAAAUAUAAAUGCUCUUCUUUGUGGCCAUGUAUGUGGGCUUGUGGCAACAGUUGCUUAGUAUAACCCCUAUGAGGAGAAUCUUCAAUUUAUCACCUUGCAGGUGUUACUUCUUUUCUUGACAUAUGAACGCAGGUUCAUUCGGAAGCUAAGUAGUUGCUGAUGUGUAGCAGCAUAUUGCUUCCUUAGUCUCGAGGUGUACAUAAUUUAUCAGGCGGAUGUUGAUAUUUGUUUAUAGAUGCAAGAUAGUUCGAAAACAUUCAUUUAGGCAGAUGGACCAAGGAGGCACAAGACAAGAACAGUGAUUGGUGCUCAAGACGGAUAUAUUCAUCCUAGCUUCUUUGGUACAUGAUCAGAGGAUUAAAAGUUAUAACUACUGUGCUCUGAAGAAAGCAAGUAAUUAACAAGGUGUACUAGUUCAUUUAUUAGAUCUUAGACUACAAUCAUGGGUGGAGAGAUAUGUUGUAUGUUGUAUGCUGAGGAUGAAUCAAAUUAGUUGAGUUGUGUUGCUGUAUGUUGUUAAGUCAUUUGUUUCUGUUGUAAGAAGCCUGUAGUCUAUCCUUCCGUGUUUUGUUUGAGAAAUGUACCAUUCAUGAAGAUAAUAAAAAAUUCUUUUUAAGUCAAA